UUUAAUUAUAAAUUUUUUAUGUAAAAACUUAUAGUUUUUAAUCCAGUAAAAAAUGAAAAUUGUUUAUCCCUGGUUUGAUUAUGUACCAAUGCCGCAAAUAUGUACUUCGCUAAUCCCACUUGCUUUUUUUCAAUGCAUACUUACAGCGGACUUUAAACACUGUUUCGUGUUGAACAAAUAGUUAAUCGUUACUUAAAAUAAAAAUUUCAAAUGAUGUUUAUGUGUCACAAGAUACAACUUAGGAAACCGUUGAUACAGGAGCAACAGGCCUAUCAACUAGUUCUUGACAGUUAUUAAUUAUGAAAUUAUAUGUAUUAUGCUAUAUGUAAAUGUUUUCAUAUUUAUAGAUUUUACAAUGAGUAUUUCUGGGGGAGGGCCCCGUCCUCGUCGUUGUAAGGGAGACAGUAACUUGGAAGUGCUCCAGGAAAAGCCCCCGGGUAUAAAGAAACCUGUGAUUAAUGAGUCUGACAUGCUAAGCUCCAGGUGUACUUCUAAGCUUGGACGAGGAUGUAACUUAAGUGACGUUAAAAGAAUUUCCAAAUGUUCCGAAUUCUGUGAGCCGGAGCAAAAGCGUUCUAGGAUGGAUGACGGAAAUGAUCCUGAGACUGAAGUAUCCAUUGUUUCUGUUCAACUGGAGGAGGAUAAAUUGGAACCUUCGUUGGAACUUAAAACAAGGCACUCCAGCAACAAGAUAAGUGUUAAUGAGGAUAUGAGCAGUUCCCAUUCUAAGGAUCCAGAUUCAGUUUUGAUCCAAGAUUCUGGUGUAUUACCAAACAGCACUGGUGCCUUUUCUACAACCUCACAGACUUCCACUGGUGUCGUUACAAACAGUUCUCAGACUUCCACUAGUGUCGUUACAACUAGCUCUCGGACUUCCACUGGUGUCGUUACAAACAGUUCUCAGACUUCCACUGAUUCUGAAAGUUCUACUGGUUCCAACCUGAUGCAUCUUGAAAGUUCUAUUGGUUCCAACCCCAUUCAUCCUGGAGAAUCUAUUGUUUCCAAUCCCAUUCAUCCGGAAGAAUCUAUUGGUUCCAACCCCAUUCAUCCUGGAGAAUCUAAUGGUUCCAAUCCCAUUCAUCCGGAAGAAUUUAUUGGUUCCAACCCCAUUCAUCCUGGAGAAUCUAUUUGUUCCAACCCCAUUCAUCCUGGAGAAUCUGUUGGUUCCAACCCCGUUCAUCCUGGAGAAUCUAUUGGUUCCAACCCCGUUCAUCCUGGAGAAUCUAUUGGUUCCAACCUGUUAAAUCAAGAAGACUCCAUUGGUUUCAAGCCCAUUCAUUCAAUAAGUUCUACUGACACUAAAACGAUCUAUCCAAAAGAUUCUAUUAGUCCCAACUCGAUCCAUCCAGAAGAUUCCAUUGUUUCCAAGCCAAUAAAUACAAACAAUUCUGCUGACUCUAAAACGAUCCAUCCAGAAGAUUCUAUUGGUUCUAAGGUGAUCCACCCAGAAGAGUCAUUUGGAUCCAAGCUGAACCGUUCUGGAGAUUCUAUUAGUUCCAACGUGUUCCAUCCAGAAAUAUCUAUUGGUUCGAAGAAGAUCCAUCUAGAAGAAUCUAUUGGUUCCAAGGUGAUCCAUCCUGAAGAAUCUAUUGGUUUUAAAAUGAUCCAUCCAGAAGAUUCCAUUGGCUCCAAGGUGAUCCAUCCUGAUGAAUCUAUAGGUUCCAAGGAGAUCCCUCCUGAUGAAUCUAUAGGUUCCAAACCAAUCCAUCCGGAUGAAUCUUUUCGCCCGAAGCCGAUCCAUUCAGAAGAUUCCCUUGAUUCCAAACCAAUCCAUCCAGAUAAAGCUUUUGGUUUGAAAACGAUCCAUUCUGAAGAAUCUAUUGGUUCAAAACGGAUUCGUUUUGAAGGUUCCACUGGAACUCACCGAACCUGUCACGAAGAACCCACCAGUUCUAAGUCAUUAUGCACGGAGGCAUCUGUAUCUUCCCAAUCUGUGCAAUUUAAGAAUAUGAUUAGUUCUCCUAAAAUCCUUCCACAGGGUUUAGUAGGGCCACCUUCAAUCCUAAACUCGUACUCAGAUCCAACUAUUAGAAUUACUGAAUCUGAGAACCCUGAGUACGAAGCAUUCUUGGCUGAUCAGCAUCUGCGUAAUAUAAUGAAGCUUGAAAGCUGGAGAAGAAAGGACCCGGAAGAAUCAGAAGCAAGUUCUUCAAAAGGUCCAGAAGAUUCUGAUUCCAAGAGUAACUCUCAGGAGGAUAGAAAGAAACUGUAUCCUGGAAUGGCAAAUAUUGGCAAAUUUGUUUAUUUCGGAGAAAAUUAUCCGCACUUGUACUGCUCCCAUAGUCUCUCACAAGGAUCAUAUACGACAAGGUAUUUGAUUCCAAAAAGCGAGAUUGUCCCCUAUGGUAUUGCUGGUGAGAUGAAUGCUAGCGGUGGGCUCACUGGAACAUCUCUCCAGGAUCUUCAAGCUCAGAUUAAUCUGAAAAUAAAUCAAUCAAAGUCUGAACCUAUCCAGUCCAACAUGAAAAAUGUAGGUUCUAAGAAAGAGCAUCUUGUGUAUUGCUCUGUUAUUAAAUCAAUCCCAAAGCCUAAUGAAACCAGAAGAAUUUUAUGUAGGACUGACUCCAGAGAAGAUGAUACAACUCUCAACCCUACUCCAAACCAGGGGUCUGCAAACCCUCCACCUCCAAUAAUGAAUAAUAAGAUCUCAGUUCGACCUGGAGUGAAUAUUACUUUAAUUAAUCGGAAACCUGGUCGAACAAACCCAAGUUCUUCCCUAGUAAAGUCUUCUACCCGUAUAUACUCCAAAUCCAUUAUUAAUUCACAACCCUCAGUAUCAUUACUCCCGAAGCUUUUAUUAGACAAAAAACAACCAAAAAUAUCAUCUCCGUCACAACUCGUUGUAAAGAGGAACACAGUUCCUGUAUCUUCUCCAGUGGUCUCCACUUCUCCUCAAACACUUCCUGUUCGUCCAUCUACUUGUCCGCCUUUGCCUUCUACACGUUCUUCUCCAACCUCUCCUUCUCUUCCUCUCCACAUUGAUACGGUUGAGGAUGAACCUUCUCCUACACCUAUUCCAGCUGUAUUCUCAGCUCUGAAACCAAGUCUUGAAACUGGGAUUAUAACCUCUUUGUCAAGGUCUCCUGUCCAUCUAGAUAGUAGAGAUUUAGCCAACCCAAUCACUGAUCAACCUGAUAUCUUAGAAACCAUGCAGCCUAAUGUUAAAGGUAACGUUCGACAUUUCCCUGUUACCCUUGAGACAAGGAAAUCCAGUUUAAAUCCGCCAAAGGUUUCCGUUUCCAGCACAGGUUGUCAGACUGACUGGUCCCUACAACCCUUAGAUUCUUUUGUAUUUAUGCCGACAAAUCAAUGUCAGGUCACAGGAACCAUCCAACCUCGUUUAGACUCAGAGACGGAGACAGACGAGGGAGAGCAUGAAUUAGAUGUUAGUUUGGAUCAAUCUAGAAUACCUGAUUUAUUGAGCAGGGAUCAGGAUUUCGUUCUCUCAAAUCACAAGUUUAUUCUCAAUGAGAACGCGGAGACUCUAGCCGCAAUCCAGUCCAUAGAAAUGGGUGGAGAACAUGACGAUUUCUUGAUAGAUAACUGCAAUCAGUUCCUAAUGUCUGAUAGAGAACCUAAUGAUAACAUCAACCUCAUCGCGGAGGAUUCAUCAUUUAAUAAACUUGACAUAAAUCUUCUCUCCUCUGAGAACCACAUGAAUUUUAGUCCUGAUCAAUUGGCAGAAUCGUUUUCCGAAUCCCUAGAGCGAUCCAGGGGAAUGGAGUUCUCACAACUUGAUAAGAUAAUGGGAGAAGAAAUAUGUGAGGGAGAAAGUUCCAAUCUUGAUGAAUUUAAUGAAAUUGUUGGCAAUCUAAUGAACAAUUGUGAAAUAAAGCAGGAACACAAAUCAAAUGUAAGCAUGUCAACGCAGGAUUUUAAUUUAGAUUUCGAAGAUUACAGAAGCAAAGACUUUACAUGCGACAAACGCUCUUAUACUGGUUCUCUUAGCAGGAGAGAAGGUUGUCCCUUGGAACCAGAAAUUAUGGAGAACAUUGCCAUGUUUGUUGAAACCACGGAGAGGGAAGGAAACCACCACAGUUCUGUGUUCUCAGACAACCCUGAGAAUGAAGAGCAGUUCUUUUCGUCUCCUGAGUACGAUUGUCGAUUAGUUGAUCCUACCGCCGAAUUUUUUCCCCACCUAGAAAGAAUUGAAAGCAUUGAAUCGAACUAUGACAAGAAAGUCUCUGCUGGAAUAAAAAGAACCAAUCUAUCCUGUCGUGCCGUAGUUCAACUAAGUGCAGACAUAUCUUCCCAAUACCAGGACGUGAACGAUCAAGAUUUCAACUCCGUCUCUCCGAUCUCAACACACAACUACAUUAUACCAAAUACAGAUUUCUCCGAUGAAUUCCCACACUUGGAGACUAGUCUGGAAAACAUACUGGAGAGUAAUAGAAUUCUAGGACCAAGAUUUUAGGGAUAAGAAAAGAGAAAUGGAAGACCAAACACACAUCUAGACUGGUAAAAACUAUGCUAAGAUGUGUACAUUCUGUAUGUUCCGACAGUGUUCUGUUUACAUGCCCCGGAUAUGAUCGACAAGAAUGCCUUUAAUUGCAGGCUUAAAGGGGAAAUAUAAUUCAAUAUGAGGAGUGAGGACUUUGCUCUACCAAGAUAUUCUUGGAAAUGUUUUAAACCUACUGUUUAUUAAUCUCAACCAAAUAGGAAAUAUUUAUUUUAAUUUGUUGAACUAAAGGUUAAACUAUAGUUAACCUAUGUUUAUUUAUGCAUUAUACCAUGCAUUAUACCAAAGAAUAUAUACGUUAUUUUA